AUGGAUAAAAAGUCCUCUGAAAAAGAUCUUAUAGAAAAUGAUGAUCAAUCAAAAUCUUUAAUAACAAAAAUCUAUCUGACAAUUCGUUCAAAUUGGAUUCCAUUAUUAUUUGCAUUAAUAAUAUGUAUAAUGACAAUAAUUGUUGUUCCGAUUAUUUAUACGUUUGAAAAACAAACAUCUUACAAUAAUGGUACUAAUUUAGCUUGGGAGAUAAAAGCAACAACAUUUAUUGAUCAACAGAUGUUUAUUGAUAAAGAAAAUCUAACAUUAGGAAAUAUAUCAGGAUUGUCAUUUGAUGGCGAUUAUAAUCUUUAUAUUGUUGAUAAAACAAAGCAUAGAAUAGUAAGCUUAACAGAUGAUAUAACAAUUAUUGUUGGUCAUCCAAAUGGUACAAAUGGUACUGAUUCAACUUCUUUAAAUUUUCCAAAUGAUAUUUAUAUUGAUAAAUCGAAUAAUAUAUAUAUAGCUGAUACAAAUAAUCAUAGAAUUCAAGUUUGGAAUAAGGAAUCUAAACAAGUUACAACUAUAUUUGGAAUAGAUGGAAAAGGUACAGGAACAAAUCAAUUAGAUAGUCCAAUGUCUGUUACAAUGGAUGAUAAUUCUUGUAUUUAUAUAGCUGAUUAUGGUAAUAAUCGUAUUAUAUCAUUUAAUAUAAGUAACAAUCAAGCAAAUAAAUAUCUUGAAAAAACCAAUAAUUUAGAAAGACAUCAAUAUGUUGAAACUCCAAUAUCAAUUAAAUUUGAUUCAGUGACAAAGACCAUCGUUAUUGCUCAAGAACAAGGUUAUAAUGUUAUCCGAUGGAAUAUAAAUUCAGAAUAUUGGACAUUAAUUGCUGGAUCAGCUAGUUCAGACCUUACUGGAAUAUCAAGAACAUUAUUCAAUAAAUUAUGUUAUGUUUAUGUUGAUAAAUAUGCACACAUAUAUGUUGCUGAUUGUAUUAAUCAACGUAUUCAAUUUUUUACAUAUUCUGCUACAGAAUUAGUAAAAGGUAGAACAAUAGCUGGUGUUAUAUCAGCUGUUGGAAAUAAUUCUUAUAUAUUUAAUCAUCCAACGGCAAUUACUCUUGAUCAAUAUGGAAACCUUUAUGUUGCAGAUUCAUUAAAUUAUCGUAUACAAAAAUUCAAACAAACUUCCAUUUUACCAACAAAUUAA